AUGGUUGAUAAACUAGAUGCUAAAAAAUUCAAAGAUAUUUUGCGAGAUCGGCUUUUUACAUGUUUAACGCAAUGUAGUUCGUCACAGCCAAUUGUUCUUAUAGUGCAACCUAACUUGGUUUCUCUACUGAAUACCCUUUGCCCUGCUUCUCAGUUGACACAAAAAACGCAGGUUACGUUGAUAGUUAAAUUGGAUGAUGAUUGUGUAUCAAACUUGAAGCGCAUAGAUUUAGGUUCAUCUAAGUUAGUGACUCUCAUUGAUGUCAGAUCAGAUUUGAAAGUUCCUAAACCUUUACAUGAUUUGAUCAAUGAAAUGCCAUUGAAUGAGUUAGAUAUAAUAUAUGCUACUUGGGAAGGCCAUAUUGACAAAUACGAAAAAAAGUUGCUUCCAAAUCAUUUAGAACUUCAGCUAGAGAAUAUAUUCCCCCGUUUGCAUCCAUGGUAUAUGCUCCCGCUAUGUUUCUUGGAUGAUAUUUUAUUGAAUUGCAAUGUUCUCUUUACCAGAGAUUUGCAGAACCUUUAUUACCCGAAAACAACGUCAUUUGCAAAAACCACAAGAACUAUGUUAGUAAAUCACUUAAUUGAUGCGGUCAUGUCUUUAUGUUGUGAGAAUGACAUCACAAUCACACAUUCAAUAUCUUUAGGGCGGUAUUCCAAGAGAUUUGUAGAUGGGUUGCGCUCUCAAUUAAACGAUUUAGAGACUUCUGAGAAGCAGUUUCAGCGAGAGAUGCUCUACGGUGAAAAGCAUAGCGGUCUUCAAACGAAUUUAAUUGUCAUUGAGAGACAAAUCGACCCAUUAACACCUCUCCUUUCUCAAUUAACAUAUUCAGGUAUGUUAAAUGAUAUAUAUGGUUUUACUGUAGAUGCUAAACUAAAGGGCUUGAAGCCAAGCGAUAUUUUAGAGGGUGCUAAUAAUGAGACAGAGGUAACUUUGGAUUAUUCUAUGGACAAUGUAUGGGAUGACCUCAAGUUUAUCAAUUUUGGCGCAGUGGGUACCAGCUUAAAUAUCUGGGCGAAAGAGUUGAAGGAUCAUUACGAUUCAAGACAUCAAGUUGAGACGGUUGGCGAGAUCAAGCAAUUUGUGGACAGUUUGGGCGAAUUCCAAGAUAGACAAAGGUUGCUUAAGUUACACACUGGAAUAUCCAGCAAGAUUAUGGAUCAUGUUAACAAGGAAGCAAUAUUUCAGGAUUUAAUAGAUAUUGAACAAGAUUUUUGCAUGAAUAAUUUAGAUAAUAAAGUCAGCUGUGAAAAAAUACUAGAUUUGAUGUAUGCAGGCGCCCCAAGAGAGAUUAUACUAAGGCUCUGCUGUUUAUUAUCUCUGACCAAGAAUGGUAUUAGAGACAAGGAUUUCACGAUAUUAAAAACAGAGCUUGUAGAUACUUUUGGGAUAGAUGCACUAAUGCAAUUGGAAAGACUAAGCAAAUACGGUUAUAUAUUGAACAAGACCGUCUUUUCAGAUUAUAAUUCCAUUAAAGAUUUCCAUACCUUUAGCGCUUGGUAUGAUUUAUGUCCACAACUUGAUAAAUCAAUUGACCCCUUAAAUCCUAACGAACCCACAUUCUCGCUUUGCGGUAUUAUUCCAUUGAGUGUACGCAUAUUAGAAUCAAUGUACGAUAGAUCUGUGCUCUUACAAAAUUACUCUUCACAGCAACCCUUUGUUAUCUCACGUACUCCUACUCUUUCUAAAUUGGAGCAGUUAUUUGAAAGCCAAUAUGGUCCUGGAAUCGUAGACGAACAAGUUUGGGACCAAUCUACAUCAGCUAAAACUAUGAUUAUAGGUUCUGCUGAAAAACAUACCGACCUCGUGAUUCUUGUCUUCCUAGGUGGUAUCACUGUUGCAGAAAUAGCAACCAUCAAAUUCCUACAACGAAGACUGCGUUCGAAAAAGGUCAACAAGCAUUUCGUCGUAGUUACGGAUGGCCUUUUGAAUUCCAAUGCUAUAUCUCAGAUAUAA